AUGCAUGAAAUCCCAUAUGGGCCCAGCACUAUCCAGUCAGCUCGCUGCUAUUCCCAUGGGUCACAUGAGACAGAUGAGGAGUUCGAUGCUCGCUGGGUGACAUACUUCAACAAGCCAGACAUAGAUGCCUGGGAACUGCGUAAAGGGAUGAACACACUUGUUGGCUAUGAUCUGGUUCCAGAACCCAAAAUCAUUGAUGCUGCUUUGCGGGCAUGCAGACGGUUAAAUGAUUUUGCUAGUGCUGUUCGCAUCCUAGAGGUGGUUAAGGACAAAGCAGGACCUCAUAAGGAAAUCUACCCCUACGUUAUCCAGGAACUUAGACCAACUUUAGAUGAACUGGGAAUCUCCACGCCUGAAGAACUGGGCCUUGACAAGGUGUAAACCUCCACAGAUGGGCUUCCCACAGACUUAUUGGAACUGCUACUUGAUUGUCAACAGUCACCUGGAAAUGCUGAUGAUGACAUAUUACCUUAUUUGAACAAUUUUUCCUUUAUUGAGUAUCAAACCAUGUAAUGGUAACUUGGACUUUAAUAAAAGGAAAAUGAGUUUGAACUGAAA